AUGCGCAGAGUGCAGUUGCCUUCAGUGUACGAACGCGGACUGCAUGCGUUUCUCGCAAUGCGACGAGCUUACCAGCCGCAUCCGUCUACGGCGACUUCUUUGUCUGUUGCGGCCGCGGGUGCAGGCAGUCCUCUUUUCCGCUUCUGCUCGCAGCGAACUUUCGCGGCGGCCGCGGGGGGGAGCAGCGCGGGUCACAGUCGCAGCAGUGUUGGUGUGGUUCUGGGGAGCAGUGCCAAGUCCCUUGUCGAUAUCCCUGUGAAGCCCAAGCCGAGGCGCUUCUUCGACCUCAAGGCCUUCAAGAAAUUCAUCCUGCGAUAUAAACAGAAGGAAGAAGCAGCGGAGGAGCUUCUACUCAAACGGACCUACACCAAACCUCUCCCUGCCGGAUGGACGGUUCUAACAUUUCUCAAGAAAAUCAAGAUCGGGGACAAUGUGGAAGAUAUUGCCGCUGCCUUCAACUCGUGGACGGAUCUCGCCAACGCCACCAUCGAAGAGCUGCAGAGCGUCGAGGGAAUGACAAACCAGCAGAGGAGACUAAUCGUCAAGCACAUCCGGCUCUACAAUCACGGGCUCUGGCCUGAGAACUCCUACGAGGACUACAUUGACAAGUUUCAGGCGCCCCCUCUCGAAAACGAGAAAAAGGAAUGGAGGGAAGCGGACGAUGCACGCCUCCUUGAGCUGGCCGCACAGUACGACGUCUCUUUUGGCGACCCCUGGUUGUACAUUUCGUGGGAGAUGCAGAGGGACUUCGAGGACGUCCAGGCGCGCUAUGAGCAGCUCGUGACGAUCCCUAAGAAUAAGGAGCGACGAUGUGAGGCUGUGCUCACCAAAUGUACACGGCCACUAUUCUUCUCGCGGUACUUCAAGCUGCUGCCGUCUAUGCUGUAUGUCAUCCCUUCCACUGCCAAUUUCAAGACCGACCCCGCGCAACCUUUUUCAUUACCAAAUCAGUUCGCAGCCUAUCGGCGCAAUGACUGUUUCCGGCAGACUCUUUCUCAGUCUGAAGAAGAGCGCGAGGCGAAAUGA